AUGAGGAUCCCACCAGAAGAAGUCCGGAACCAAUGGCCAGAACCCAACUACGACAACCCUCAACGACGAGGACCCGGCCUCAUCAUCGUCGAACUCAUCAUGCUUCCGCUUUCUCUCAUGUUCGUCGCUCUCCGCCUUUACGUCCGCGGUCGAUUACUUGGCAAAACGGGAUGGGAUGACUGGUUGAUGAUUAUGGCUACGAUCUUCGGCACGGCAGUCUCCAUCCUCGUCAUCCUCGCCUCCACCACCUACGGGUGGGACAAGCAUCUCUACGACCUGACGCUCAACCAACUCUCGGACGGGCGCAAAAUCUCCAUGGCCAUCCAAGCCGUCUUCAUCUUUUCUUCGUCUCUCGCCAAAGUCUCCAUUUUAAUCAGCUACCUCGCCCUCGCGCCCCUAGACUCUUUGUUCCGCCGCUUAACCAAAUACGCCAUCGUCUUCAUCGUCGCCAUGAACUCGGGCUCUUUCAUCCUGUUGUUUACGCAAUGCACGCCCGUAGAAUCCUACUGGGACGUCCUGCUGUCUGAUCGCGAUUGCAUCCCCGAGGGCUUUCCCCUAAUGACACAAGCCAUCCUCACCGUCGUCGCCGAUUUUAUCGUCUGGGUUCUCCCGCUGCCGACGUUCUACAGGGCGCAAAUCCCCAUCCACCAGCGCGUUAUCUUGAUUGUCUUGUUCAGCGCGGGAUUGUUUGUCGUGUUUGCGGCCUGCAUCAGAACGUACUGGAUCCAUUACGUGGUGUGGAAGACGUGGGAUCCGACCUGGGAAGGCAUCCAGCUGUGGGCGUGGACGGCCGUGGAGAUUCAUUUGGGGAUUAUGUGCGGUUGUGUACCGUAUUUUAAGAGCUUGUUUAAGUUUUGGAAGGGGAAGACGAGCAAAAAGGGGAGUUCGGCGGGGAAGAGUUGGAGUGGAAGUAAGGGUGGUGCUGGUCUGUCAGGUGGUGGACAGAUAUUUACCACUUCGCGGGUGGAAAUUGGUGUGAAGAAGUGUGUGAGUUUUCGGAGUGAACGCUCGGAAGAACCGCUGAGUCCGACGAGGGGGGCCGCGAUGGUGAGUGUGGAUGGCUUGGAGGAGGUGGAGUUGCAGGAGAAGAGGAUGAAUGCCUUUACCACGAGGGAGGGGGAUGUGGAGAAUCAGAGACAUGGAGGUGGUGGGGGGUAUGUGCAAACUUCACAUGGGGGGCAUGAUGGGAAAUGGGGGUUCGAGUUUGACGGCGCGAGGGCGGUGAUGCAUAAUAAGAGCUUGUCGGGCGGAAGCACGUUCGGGAAUAGGGUCGAGAUUCGGCCGGGGAGGUGA